AAUCCUAUGCACUAGAAGUAUUUUUUUAUAAAAAAAUCCAAAACAACGCCUACGAAAGGCUAUAGAAUGAAGGAUGCGUUUCGAGUUGUGUAGUUAAGACCUCUAACCGACGGCAGUCCCGCAGAAAAGGAGCAAUCUUGCAAGGAACCAAACCGUAGCGGGGAACCUCGAAAACAGAAGAGUUGUCGGGCAGCUUAUCACCGUGGCACUGUGCAGCAAAAGUAACGAUCUCGAGCGUUCGAAAUGGAAGCUCUAAGAGCAACAUACGGAGACGCCUCCUCCGACUCAGACUCCGAAGCCUCCUCUCCACCCACUCUUCCCACCAAAUCGAAAACCCAAACAGAGGAGACACUAUCUUCCCGUCUGCCUCCACCUCCUCUUUCUCUCCUCGACCCUCCUAAUGCCCUUGGGUCUCUGGAUUACCUGCAAACUGGUCAGCCCAGUAGAGUCAGAAGCUUCCCUCACGUCGAAGGCAACUAUGCUUUGCACGUCUAUAUCCCAGUUAAUAUACCGUCUUCAUCAAAAAAAGAGAUGGGUAGGUUUUUGAAGAGGGUUGCAACCUUUGUGCCCGGUCUUCAUGUUGUCGACGUUGAUGUUCCAUUGAAUAUUCUGUGUAAAGAGGAAGAUAAACUUGAACAAGUUGCUUUGGGAAGGGAAUUCCACAUAAGUCUAGGAAGGACUGUUCCUAUUAGAGUUCACCAGAUUGACUCUAUAGUAACAAUGCUUCGCCAGAAGCUUCAGUUUCAAAAGCGGUAUUGGAUUGAUUUUAACAAAUGGGAGGUUUUUGUCAAUGAUGAUCACACACGCUCCUUUCUUUCACUAGAAGUUAUUACGGGAGGAUUAGCUGAGAUAACUAAGCAAAUUCAGGCUGUUAAUGAAGUUUACAAACUUCACAAUCUUCCUGAGUUUUAUAAGGAUCCACGGCCUCAUAUAUCCUUGGCUUGGGCACUGGGAGACCUUAGUGGUCCCCUUAAGGAAGUGGUCGAGGAAGAAACAAAAACAUCCAGCUUUGGAGGUUCUUUACAGAAUCGUAUUUGUACUACUAAAUUUGGUGGCAUUGAGUGUAAAAUUGGUAAGAAAACAUAUAAGAUAUGUAAAUCUCCUGAUGAACUAUAAAAUUUCUUCAACCUCUUGUGGUAUAGCCUUGUAGUUUGUUUAAAUUAUGUUACCAGAUCGGAUUAUUGUGAAAGUCCAGAUAAAGAACCUGCUUUUAGGUCCUCAUCGACCACCAUACACACAUUUUCUCUCUGCAUGUUGCUAACAUGUGUGUUCCGAAAUGUCUUCCUUUGGGUUUGAUUACAUUGGUUAUAGUACUUUAUUGUUUUCUAGUGGAGAAAGCUUUGCCACCAAUCUCGGUAACUGGGCUUCCUUUAACAUUCUGAGCUCCUUGUUUUGUGGAAUCAUCUGUUGCGACUAUAGUCCUACUUGGAGCUAUAAUGUGACACAUAAAGGAACCAUUUUGUUGUAACCGUACCACGUCGAGUAGAUAAGCAUAAAAGAAAGCUGUCAAGUUUCUGCAACAGCAAUGAAAGAUGUAUAUGUCGAUCAGGAUCUUCUGCAACGGAAAGUUAUUUUCUUGUAAAUUAAUACCGUUGAGAAGUUUGGAAAGAACCUAACUGUAAAUAUAGGUAUGGAUCAACACUUAAGCAGAUAAAGAUGAUCUACUAGAAAUCUGUGUAAUAGGAACCGACAAGGUCUGUAUGAUGGUUGGCCUUGCAGGAUAUCUUUGCAGUGCAAAUAUUCUGGAAAGGGUAAUGGAGGCCAUUUGCAGUAGUCUUGUUCCUUCCUUUUGUGUUGGUUUUCAGCUUUUCCAAGAAUUCUGCCAGAAGUGGGCCUGCUGAUCUCGCUGCCGAAAGCUGUCUCAUUACUUGCUUAUUCUCUCUUGUUUGAUUUAACACAAUUUAAAUACUUAUAG